CCCCCACCUCUCGGAGCAGAGGAGGGGGCUCCGCCUGCCACAUUGCAUUGCAGCUCCCUCCUCUCCUGGUGACGUCUCCUGUGCUGUGAGGAGAGCGGCGGAGGAUCGGGCUCUGUGACUGACUGAAGAUGGUGCUGGCGGUGGCAUCAUGCCCUCGCAGGCUGGCCAGGCGCUCCCGCUCGGCUAUUGCCGCGGCUCUCACCGUCCUGCUCAUCCAGACCCUCAUCGUGUGGAAUUUCAGCAGCCUGGAUUCUGGGGACGAGCAGAGAGGAGGAGGAGGAGGAGGCAGCAGCAGCCGGGAGAAGAGGGACAGGGGCAGCCACAGAGAUGAGCCCCGGCUGGGACAUGAGCAGCAGCAGCGCCGCAGAGGAGCAGCAGGAGCACUGCACAACCAAGCGCUGGAUGGAUAUUUUUCCCAUCGCCCAAAAGAGAAAAUGCGGACAGACAGCAAUAAUGAGAAUUCCGUUCCGAAAGACUUUGAAAAUAUUGAUAACAGUAACUUUGCUCCAAGGACUCAAAGGCAUAAGCACCAGACGGAGCUGGGGAAGAAGCCUCUGAGCAAGCAGAAGGAGCAUUUAAAAAGAAAGUUAGUCCUUGAGGAGAAAAUUAAAGAAAACUCUCUACUAGAAAAAAAUUCAAAUGAAGUUUUACAUUAUGUAGGUGUCCCCUCCAAGAACCUCACCACAAGCAAUUUAAAGGAUGGAUAUAAAAGCACCAAGCUGCACCAUACCAAAAAGACUGGAAACAGCUCCCCCGAAAUUAAGUAUGAGCUACCCCCAAAAUGUGAGAUCACUGGCAAGGAGGCAAUAUCAGCUCUUUCUCGUGCAAAGUCAAAACAGUGUCGCCAAGACAUUGCCGAGAUCUAUUGUCAACAUAAACAAGGGAAGCUGAUGCCGGAAAAAGUGACCAGACUCUGUCCUUUGGAAGGAAAGGCCAAUAAUAACGUCCAGUGGGAUGAGGACUCCAUGGAAUAUAUGGCUGCCAAUCCAGUGAGGAUAGCCUUUGUUUUGGUGGUUCACGGGAGAGCUUCUCGACAACUCCAGAGGAUGUUCAAGGCAAUUUAUCACAAGGACCAUUACUACUAUAUUCACUGUGACAAGAGAUCCAAUUAUUUACACAGACAAGUGGUGCAGUUUGCCAGCCAGUACCCCAAUGUCCGUGUCACAUCAUGGAGAAUGGCAACCAUAUGGGGAGGGGCAAGCCUGUUAUCUACAUACCUGCAAAGCAUGCGGGAUCUCCUGGAGAUGUCAGACUGGUCAUGGGACUUCUUCAUCAAUCUAAGUGCUGCAGAUUAUCCCGUCAGGACUAAUGACCAGUUGGUGGCAUUUCUCUCAAGAUACAGAGAUAUGAACUUCUUGAAGUCACAUGGAAGAGACAAUGCAAGAUUUAUCAGAAAGCAAGGGUUGGACAGGUUAUUUCUCGAAUGUGACACCCACAUGUGGCGUCUUGGAGACAGGAAGAUCCCAGAAGGCAUUACUGUUGAUGGUGGCUCAGACUGGUUUCUCCUCAACCGGAAAUUUGUGGAAUAUGUGACCUUUUCCAAUGAUGAUCUAGUUACAAAGAUGAAGCGAUUCUAUUCCUACACGCUGCUUCCAGCUGAGUCUUUCUUUCAUACAGUUUUGGAAAACAGCCCUUACUGUGACACCAUGGUUGAUAAUAAUUUGCGAAUCACUAACUGGAAUAGAAAACUGGGCUGCAAAUGUCAAUAUAAACACAUUGUUGACUGGUGUGGCUGCUCUCCAAACGACUUCAAGCCCUCGGACUUCCACCGCUUUCAGCAAACGGCAAGACCAACUUUUUUUGCACGUAAAUUUGAAGCCUCAGUGAACCAAGAAAUAAUCGGGCAGCUAGACUACUAUCUGUAUGGUAACUACCCAUCUGGGACACCAGGACUGAGAUCGUACUGGGAGAAUUUGUAUGAUGAACCAGACGGCAUCCACAGUAUUAGUGAUGUUAUGUUGACCAUGUUCCAUUCAUUCUCUCGCAUGGGCCUCAAAAGAGCUGAGGGAUCUUUGCAUACCGAUGGAGAAAACACUUGCCGGUACUAUCCCAUGGGCCAUCCGGUGUCAGUCCAUCUUUAUUUUCUCGCUGACCGCUUCCAGGGUUUUCUUAUUAAAUAUCAUGCCACUAAUCUCGCCGUCAGUAAACUUGAGACUUUGGAGACCUGGGUGAUGCCAAAGAAAGUUUUUAAGAUUGCCAAUCCUACUAGUGAUUUCGGGAGGCUGCAGUUUUCUGAGGCUGGAACUGAAUGGGAUGCCAAAGAAAGAAUAUUCCGGAAUUUUGGUGGCAUUAUGGGGCCUAUGGAUGAACCAAUUGCGAUGCAGAAAUGGGGGAAAGGGCCCAAUAUAACGGUUACUGUCGUAUGGAUUGACCCCGUCAAUGUCAUCGCUGCUACAUAUGAUAUUCUAAUUGAAUCUACUGCAGAAUAUACUCAUUACAAGCCUCCUCUGAACCUGCCUCUCAGGCCUGGCAUCUGGACUAUUCGGGUUCUCCAUCACUGGGUGCCCGUAGCUGAAACUAGAUUUCUUAUAAGUCCACUUACCUUUUCUAGCCGGCAGCCUAUUAAAAGUGAUGAUGUGACCAAAUUUCAUGGAGGACCUCCAAAAAAUGCAUACAUGGAGCAGAGUUUCCAAGGCUUGAAUCCAGUAUUGAAUAUCCCUAUUAACUCAAACCAGGUGGAACAAGCAAAGAAGAAUGCAGCACUUGUAGGUUCAAAACUGGAAAGUUGGGUUGACAAUUUGGCCAGUACCCUUUGGUCCGCAGUAGACAUCUGUACCACAGGACCCUCCUCUUGUCCAGUCAUGCAGUCAUGUUCUCAGACAGCCUGGAGUUCACUAAGCCCUGACCCUAAAUCAGAACUUGGACUUAUCAAACAUGAUGGACGUUUGAGGUAGCAUCUGGUGCACCCUUCAGUGGCAUGGGAUUCAAAAGGGAAAUUAACCAACCUUACAAAAAGAACGGAUUCCUUAGCAAUUUAAAGGGUUUUCUGCUUUUCCAAGAAGUCAUCCACCAUGGCAGGUGUUGAGAAGUCCUUUCUGCUCUCCAUUGUAGGUUUUAUGGUCAUGGACUGGCAUUGAUAGCACUUCCCUACAAUUGGUGGAGCACCAACAACAGACAAAGAUCAAGGGCUCAAACUCGCAAAUAUUUCCCUUAUUAUUAAGUCAUGAAAAGCCCCAUCCACAAAUACCUUCUAUUUUUCUAUUUCCAUGUAUAUUUGUGUUUGUCAGUAUUAAUAAGAAGUGUUUAAAAAAAAAAAGGAAAAUGUCAGAUGUAAUGUCAAGAACCUGGCUUUUCAUUACAUUGUGAGAAUCUAUAGAAAAAGGUGGCCUUUUCAUGACUCCUGUUGCCAAAGAAGUCCCAAAUGGCAUUGCAGACACCUCUGGCAGCCAAAGGGUUGUAGGAUGGAAAUAUGUUUUUUUUUAAGCAGUAUGUGUUGCUCAUGUGUACCAUGUGCCAGCUAUUCAGACAUCCAAGUUCAAUUGGAUCAAAACCAUCUGACAUGGCAUUGUUAUCACAUAUGUAUGUGUUACUUCUACAAUUCUUCAGUCACAAAACCUAAAGGCUUACAAAAAGGCAGACAUACUUACAGGGGCCCUGUAGGUAAGGGGCCACAGCCACCCAAAACAUUCAUCCUUAUAGUAGGAAGAAAUGUGUUUAGGCGGAGAAGAUCAUCCUUCAUCUUGCAAAGUCCUUAAAGAGUACCUGUCACCAAGUGAAAGUUUUUAUGUAUGUUAGCUUAUGUAAUUUGAAGACACUUUGCAAAUCACUUUCAUUAAAAAUUAUUAACUUUUAUAUGUUUUAUAUUCAUUAGAAAAAACGCCACUAGGUGGCUCUGUUCUGUUCCCUGCCACAAUUAAUACAGUGAGUUUGUCUCCUCCCGGCCUGGCAGGAGACCAAACUCAGGAAGUGCUUUGGCACAUAGCAAGGCACAGCUCUCGCUCACUGCCUGUCAAUCAGAUAGGUUGGACUGAGCGCUGUGCCCGCCGCGUGCAUCUGCCAAAGCUCAGUGCACUGAGCCUGCAUGACAACCUGUUAUAGUCUGAUCAAUCGAGGUCUUCAUUACAUCAUAUGUAAGGCUAUCCCCGCCAUGAAGUGCAGCAGAGAUGUGAGGACAGAAGUGAUCCUGCAGUAGGCUUCAGUGACGUUGCGCCUGCUGGAGCAUGCCCAAAUCCUCCUGCCGGCAGCUCACACUAUGUGAGCAAUAAUACAUUCAGGAAACAAAGCUUUCUAAAGCUCUAAAAAAAAGUUUUUAAGGGCAGGAAGGGUGUUAGGAGUAGUUAGGGAACAUAGUAUGAGUUAGUUUAGGAUAGAUAGUUUGGUGACAGGUACUCUUUAAGACUGACGGUCCAUAUGAUAACUGUUGCUGUCUUUGGUUUGUAGGAAACUGGUCUUCUAAAAUGUUCUUCAACAUUGGGUCAACAAACAAAAUGUCUGCUUCAGUCAUAUGUAUGGCAGGUGGUCUUUGUAGACUACAAUGUGACAUAUAAAUGAUAGCAUUGGAGUUACAAAGUUGCUCAAUAUGUUACCCCAAAUUUGGCUGCAAAAUAUUUCCAGCUAUAAAAAAAAUAUAUAUAUCAUGUAGUCCCAGCCAUAAAACAGCACUCCGGGAAAAUGUUCCCAUUGAGCAUCUCUUAAAGAAAGGGACUUCUGGCCUACACGGUCAACAUGGGGUCACGUGCUAACAGAAGAACUGGAAUUGGGAUCAUACUGUAAGUGAAACUAAAGAGGUUAAACAAAUUUACUGGAGUGCUGCUUUACAGGAGUAGUGUAGUGAAAUAUAACUUAUCCAAAGGAUAGAGGAUAAGUUAUAGAUUGCGGGGGUCUGACUGCUGGGACCCCCCUGAGAUCUCCUGAACGGGUCCCCAGCAGUCUGCCAGAAGCGGCCGUUACGACCCCGCAGGAAGCCGCGGCUGACACGCUCCUUCCAUGUAUCUCUAUGGGACUAUCUAUCCAGCAGACUGCCGGGGCCCCGUUCAGGAGAUUGUGGGCGGUCGAAGCUAUCAGACCCCACACGAUCUAUAACUUAUCCUCUAUACUUUGGAUAAGGUAUAUUUCACUACUCUACUCCUUUAAGUGUCCCUGUCAUUUCCAUUAAUAACACAUAGGCCUCGUCCACACUGCUUAAUCUCCACCUGGAGAUAUUCGGGCCAGAGGUUCUGUCUAGUUUGUGUUUGGCUGGUGAAAUUCUGAAGGCACACUGCAAAUUGUGGAGAACAAAAUUUAGAUUUUCAUAACAUCUUGUGAAAUAAAAGGUUAGGGGGGAGUGGAAACCCUUGAGGUUAAUACAUACUGUUAAAUCUUUAUUUUUGAUUACUUUUUUUUUAACAUGGACCAAAGAGAGAUAAGUCUUCCUUUUCCCUUAUGUGAUGUUUCAUCAUUCUCAGAUAGGUUUGAGCUUCCAGCACUUAAGCAUUUGACCCUACACUGCCAGAAACAUAUUCUACAUUGUACCGUGAGCUCUUUGGCAUCCAUUGUUUAUUUAUCACAGAAGUCUCUGAAUUACUCUCUGUUCAAGAACAAAAGUCUAGUUUUAAAUUGGAACACCCAUAUGCGAUUGUAUGGAGGGAGGGGGACUUCCAGGGUCCUGCCACCUGAAAUACCAUACUUGAGCUCAUAGAUUUGCUUUGACUUCUUAUAAGGUUGAAUUCCUUUUUUAAAUAUGACAGUUCCUGAUUUAGGUAAUAAAACAGCUCAAUCUGAAAUUCACCAAUCAGACAAGUAUAACCCUUCUGGUUUGUGCCCUACGCCAUAUUUAUAUGACUCUUAUAGAUGGACCGGGAUCUUCUCUUCUGUAGGUGUUAGCUGUGCUGACACAAUGUUCUUAGAGGCUAGAAAGUUGUAACAUAUAGCUCAACCCCAUCUGGCUAGAUGGUAAAAUAUAGGUAGGUUAAUGUAUUCUAGAUAUUUAUUAUUUAUAUUUUAGUCAGUGACUAAUUAGUAAGUGCUGCUUUUGCAGCUUAAAGUUUAUCUUACUAACUACAGCUGCCUUUCUUCAGUAAAGGCCCAGCGCUUUGCAUUUUAUUGUUUUAAGCAAGUAAAGACUUGGUCAUGUUGAGAGUUUUAUUCCCCAUUUAUUUGUAUUUUAGCUGUAAUCUUCAGUCCCCUCAGUGACAACACAUUUGACUCCUGUUCACACUUUGAUAUACCAUGACUGAUUUGAAUAACGUUUUUUUUUUUAAGUAUAAUACAUAAGUGUAGAGGUUAAAGGGUAACUUUCAUUUUUACAAACUCCUUACAUGUCAUAGUGAUGUGAAACGUUUUGAUUGGAGGGUCCAAGUGCUGAUACCCCUAACUAUCACUAAAACUAAGGGGUAUGAACAUUCAGCUGAGUUCUGUGCUCAGUCAUUCCCGCAUGGCUUUUCUUAGAGAAUGAUGUAAAAACAUUUUAAAAAAGUAAUAGUUAUCCUUUAAGGUAAAUACAUACAUAUAUAUAUAUAUAUAUAUAUAUAUAUAUAUAUAUAUAUAUAUUAACAUAGUAUAAAGUGAGCGUUUUAAGGGGUAAUCCCAUCUCAACACUGAACUUGGAAAUGUUUAGCCCAUAGAUGAAUGGAGCGCAGGACGCCCAUGUGUGGUGCGCUCCCACUAUUCUUGGGACAAUUUUGUCCACCUUUUCUGGAUCAGUAAAAGUCCCUGCAGUCUGUCCCCCACGAUCAGCUUUUAUGCCCUAUUUUAUAGCUUGGGGAUAACAAGCUGCAAUGGGAAUACACCUUUAUUUAAUAAUAUAUUUUUAACACCAUUACUGACAGCCUAUAUUUAACACCAUUACAGACAGUUGACUAUAUUUUUAUAGUAAGAUAUAAUUGUGUAUCUUAAAAUUCAACAUAUAUUUUUAAAUAAACCCCAAAUAAGACCAAUAAUCACCAUAGAGGUUUAUCUGUAGGCUCCUUCAUCUGCCCCUCACAAAGUCAUUUUUCACAGUGACACAUAAUCCAUAAAGCCCAAUAGUUAUUGCGAAUUGAAAAGAAAGGGCCUAUGUUUAGUAUGAUCUAACCUCAAAUGGCAUCCCCAACGAUAAAGAAUAUUGUUAAAGUAAUUUAACAUAUAGCCCGAUCCUAUUUAUUGUUUACCAACAUUCUAUACCUUCUCAUGGACUUUUAUAGGCCCAAAGUGUUGAAUGACUUAUCUCAUGACAAUACAGGCAUGUAAAAUGGUCACCAGAAGGUCACUAGCAACGUGCAUACAAACCAUUGGUGCAACUACCAUGGCGGUCAGUAUUGAUGGGAGCCCCAGGCCUUGUUGGCCCAUUCCUUUCCCAAGAGUUGAUGUGAACAGUCCUCAAUACCAUAAAAGAUAAGGAAUAACACUGUACAUUAUAUUUUUGUAUAGAAUUGAUGGGCAGUAAUAUCUCCGUUCCGUCAUUAUGUUGUAAUAUUGUUGUAUCUGCUAUGAUAUGGACUGGAUUGUGGUCUAGUGUCAAAGCUGUUUUUUUCCCCCAGUGGGUGCUACUGCCAGAGCUACCUCUCAGUGUUCACAACUAACCGGACAAAGCAACGUUCUGCUUUAACAUAUAGUUAUUUGAAUGUAUAAACUAUGCAAACCAUCUCUUUUUUUUUUGUCACCUUCAUUUUGGAAAAGCUUGGAAGAGAUCAAUGUUACCUUGCCGUAUAACAGCAAGAAACUGUACAGGCUUCUCUGAUAACAGAGUGAAUCUAUUUGGCGCUGUUCACAGUGCUCUAUUUGUAUAUUAUAACAUUGUUACUUGGUUUUGCUUAUGUUGUAAAACUUACUGUUUCUUUGUUUUACCUUGAUUGUCUAGUGGUUACUAUACUGUUCUGCCAAUCGUAGUUGGCUAAGUUGUAUUUAAACAGCCAGUCUGGCUUCAUAUUGCGUUGUUAAAGCUCCUGAACGUAAGGUAUAUUUUCAGCAAGAAACAGUGUUUUUAUCCUUUGUACAUUUUCUUUGUUGAAAUAUAUUUACAUGUUGGUGUUUAUGUGGCUUAUUGUCCAGGGGAUAGUAUUUUACAUUAGAUUAUCAACCGGAAUUAAAGGACUAACCAGGCUUAAAGGGGUAUUCUGGCCCUAAGACAUCUUAUCCUCUAUCUAAAGGAUAGGGGAUAAGAUGUCUGAUCGCUGGGGAUCCCCGCAAUCUCUCAUGCUGCAUGAGAGAUUGUGGGGGUCCCCAGCGGAGGGACCUCCCACAAUCAGACAUCUUAUCCCCUAUCCUUUGUAUAGGAGAUAAGAUGUCUUAAGGCCGGAGUACCCCUUUAAACAUGCAUUAUUACCAUGACACAUUUACAAAACCUGUACAGUGACACAAGGAGACCCUGUGGGACUGCAGGAACUGCAGCCUUUCCAUGUAUGGUGCCCUCUUGUGGCAGUUGUAGGUUUGCAUCAGCUGGAGAGCCACAGUUUGGGAGCUACUGAUCAGUCUGAGAUGAAGAAAUGAAUCCGCAUACAAUUUGGAUCUUAAAAUAACAUGACAAAAGGUGGACAUUAAUGCAAAGCCCAAAAUUCACAAUUCUCAAAAGAUACACAAAUGUAAUAUUUGAAGUGUGCAAAUGCAGUGUGGCCCAGACAUGUCAAAAAUGUAGAUAGCUCAGAGUCUCAGUGAUGAGACCCUCUUCAAUCAUUAGAUAAAACAGGCUGAAGUAAAUGAUUGCCGGAGAUAGGUUCCAUUACAGUCUAUGGAGCCCAUUUCCUGCAUUGAGCGAUGAGCCAGGAAGUGGCGCACACUCCUGCGUGCUUCACCUGGCUAUAAUUAAAGAUCGGAGGGGGUCUCAGAAUUGAGACCCUGACCAAUUUAAACUUUUGACAUGUCUGUGCGACAUGUCAAAAUUUUCAUUAAAUGACAGUAGCGCUAGGGCUUUGUGGCCCUCUAAAAAAAUAACCGGAUAGUCAGAAUGGCAGAAAAAAAAAGUCAACCCUUCACUCGCUCCUUAAUUCAAGCCAACUUCAUUCUGGACUACCCUGUGGAAGUGCCCCAUUGAUAUCCCCAUACACUCAGCAAAAGACGCUGCAGCCAGUCACAGACAUUGACAUUACUGGGGACCUCCA